AUGCUAUCCGACAAGCCUCAAUCACCGAGACCGACUGCGUUCGAGCCUUGCCAAGUUCAUCAUGUCCUUCAAUUCUGCAUGCGCCACUCAUCACCACACAAACACUUGAUCAUCUGUUCGACCCGUGAUGCUUUUCUACAAAACCUCUUGUACGAAGUUCAGAGACACCAAGGAGAUGAUCAUAGCUCAGCUCUAAACCUGCUUGCUCCAACUUUGAGCAAUCUACACAAUUCACGCGGCGUUCAAAUCACUUUCUGUCCGGAUCUUGCCAACCUGCGAGCCUACCUUGUGGCACUUAUGCAUCGUCCUCGAUCAGAGAUCACCAGUCAAAAGUCCAGAGACACACCCGAUCAACCUCGUUCACUUCUGAUCAUCAUGAACCCGGUCAAGCUUCAUGAAAAUACCUUGUCCUACUCGGCUCAGGGGUUUAAUCGAACCUUUGCUUCUGUUGUAGACGUAGCACAUCAUCUCGAUCAACAGCUCAUCAUGGUUGAAUGCAUUCAACCAGAAGACGAAUACGAAGUUGCUGCCCAUGAGGAUGAAGACAUGCUCGAUGGACAACACACGACCGCCAAACCAUGGAACCAUGAUUUGUCCAUGCUGAACAUAACCACCAAGACGUUCGGCGGUGGAGAGCGAGGUUGGGUUGGCAGAAGUGUGAAAGUUAGACAGGUUGCUCGGCGAUGGUUCGAAUUUCGAAAGCUGGAGGAAAGAGAUGCGUGUCCGGCGCAAGAAGCAGUGGAAUGA